AUGAUUUCGAAAUUAAUUGGCGUCACCUACUUCAAGAAUAAACUAUCAAAACAUUCAAGUAAACACGAUGACAGUAUUUCCAACAAGAACAAUGACACCUCAUUUCCUACUAAUAAUAGCACAACAUUACCCUCCAAAAGAUCAAGCAUUUGUAUAGCCCAUAGAAUAAAAUCCAAACGGAAUUCCUCUGCAUCAUCAUCCUCCACCACCUCACCAACAUCACAAUCACCAACUUCGGCUGCUCUUACAUCUUCGAGUAGUACACGAAAAAUUGUUACCAGAUCACAAAUACGACGAUCCAAUACAAUAUCUACUGCAAGUGCAUUAAGACAUUCGCUCAAUGUAUCCAACACCAAUAGCAUACCGAUAGCUAUACCCAAGAAACUGUUUAGUUUACCCAAUUCGCCAAGUUUAACCAGUGACUCUACAUUGAAUGAACCAAUUGACGAUAUCCCUCAUUUUUAUAACACAACCACUGAUACUAAUGGUAUUGGAAACAGAUAUUACGGUACGAUUAGCUCGACAAAUAAUCUAAUGGGUAGAGAUGGAUUAUUGACUUUAGAUUUGACAACAAAUAAUGAUACAAAUAGUUUAUUUACCACAGCCACCAGGGAGAGAUUGGACAAUGACCUGAUAGUUAUCGAUGAACCAGAGCAGGAGGAAUAUAAUAAAGAUAGCAAGUAUACGUAUGGUUAUGGAUAUGAAUUUACUAGCAGUGCUGCUGUUGCUGCAGUCGAGGGAACAAAAAUAGCAGGCCUUGCUAGAUCAAUUUCAAAAACUAAAAAGAAAAAUGUCCGAUUCAUACCUUAG